AUGCCUGUCGGACCUGUCAUUGCCCUCUCCCACGGCGGAGGUCCCAUGCCUCUGCUCAACGAUCCCGGCCACAAGACAAUCAUCGCCUCCCUCCGGAACCGCGUUCCCGAGAUCCUGCGCCUCUCCUCGCCCGACCACCGCCCCUCGGCCAUUAUCCUCGUCACCGCGCACUGGACCACCCGUCACCCCAGCAUCUCCUCGGGCCCGUCCCCGCCGCUCCUCUACGACUACUACGGCUUCCCCCCGGAGACCUACAACCUGUCCUACCCCGCCCCCGGGUCCCCCGCCCUCGCCGCGCGCGUCUUUGAAGCCAUGGCCGCCGAGGGCCUGUCCCCUACCCUCGACGCCACCCGCGGCUGGGACCACGGCGUCUUUGUGCCCCUCAAGCUCGCCGUCCCCGACGCCGAUAUACCCAUUGUCCAGGUUUCCGUCCUCCAGAGCGAAGACCCCGAGCAGCAUUUGCGCAUGGGCCGCGCGCUGGCGGCGCUGCGCGACGACAACGUCGCCAUUGUCGGCUCCGGCUUCGCGUCGUUUCACAAUAUCCCCGUUAUGCAGUCGCUGCGCGGAUUCGGCAGCAUGUCGGCCGACCCAAAGUGGCUCGCGUUCAAGGAGCGGACCGACGAGUGGAACGCGGCCGUGACGGACGCCGUCACGGCGGCCAACGAGACCGAGAGGGCGGACAAGGUGGCGAGGUGGCGCGAGCUGCCGUUUGCAGACGUGAUGCACCCGCCGAGGGGCGGCGAGCACUUUAUGCCGCUCAUUGUGUGCGCGGGCGCGGCGAGGAAGGAGGACGGCCCGGGCAAGACGUACAAGGACGAGUACAUGGGCGUGGACAUAUUCACGUAUUACUGGGGGGCGCCAGCAGUGACGGCGUAA